AUGCAGGAUUGGGGCCAAGUCAUGCAGUUUAGAUCCAAGAGACACAUUAUGGACAGCAAAAACUCGGAGCAGGUCUUGAACUCAUGGCUUCAGUCUGGUCGAGGCCAGCCAAUCAAGCUACGUCUGUAUGAAUAUGGCGUUGCAUCACUACAUUGGCUGCACGUGGGAGAUUUCAAACGGGUUUGCAUUGUUCCGCUGUCAACAGACCGAGCCGGUGCGACUGCAGAAGACUCUUUUCAGGAAAUUCUCAAGAGGCUGCAGCAGCAAUGGGAAGCAACAUUUGACGGCUCGUCUGUUGUCCGGCAAAUCUGGGCAAAGCAUUAA